AUGGAUCAGCUUAAAGAUAUGGAAGACAGAUUCCUGUCUAGAGGUUAUCCCCUGGCGCUAAUACGAUCGGCCCGCUUAAAGGCAGAGGCUUCUCAGAGGGAAGCCUCAAAGAAACCCAAACACACCAAAGAUAUGACUAAAAUUAUCCCUUGGGUGUGUGAAUAUGAUGUGACAAUACAGAAUAAUUUUGUUGCACAAAAAAUGGAAAGGUUUUUGAACACUGGAAAGAAGUCUGGUAGUAAAGAAAAGGAUGAAGAACCACAGACCAGUGGCACAGUUGGGAAGAAAAGGAAACAUCGCAGAUACGACGAUACUUACCUAGACAUCGGUUUUACAUCUGUAGAUGUCAACCAUGAAGAGCGUCCACAGUGUGUACUUUGCUUGAAAAUAUUGUCAACAGAAAGCAUGAUUCCAAGCAAGCUAAGACGCCAUUUGGAGACCAAUCACCCUAACAUGGCUAAGAAAUCGCGUGAUUUCUUCAGCAGAAAGCUAAAAGAAUUGAAAGGACAAAAAGGCACAUUUUUUAAACAAGCAUCCAUACCAAGCAAUGCUUUGCUUGCAUCUUACAAGGUGGCACAUAGAAUUGCAAUGUGUAAAAAGCCUCACACCAUCGCAGAAGAACUGAUUUUACCGGCUGCAGUGGAUAUGGUUAACAUUAUGGUUGGGGAAUCAGCUGGAAAACUGCUUUCAAAGGUACCUUUAUCAAACAAUACCAUCAGUCGUAGAAUCCAACAUAUGGCUGAAGAUCUAAAUGACCAGUUAAUUGAAAAAAUGAAAGGGAAGGAUUUUGCGCUACAACUUGAUGAGGCAACAGACAGUAACAAGGAUGCUCAUUUGAUUUGCUACACACGCUUUGUAGAUUGUGACAAUAUUGUGGAAGACCUUCUCUUUUGUAAAAGUAUCACCGCCGGUAUAAAGGCACAAGACUUGUUUCAGAUCAUUGACACUUUUAUGAGUGAAAACCAGUUAGACUGGACAAAGUGCUUUGGUGUCUGUACUGAUGGUGGUCGUUCUAUGGCUGGCUGUUAUGGAGGAUUGCAGGCACUCAUACGAAGCAAAGCUGCUGAUGCACUUUGGACCCACUGCAUUAUCCACAGGGAAGCCCUUGCAUCAAAGCAUCUGAGUCCGCCACUGAAUGCAGUCAUGGAAAGUGUGUUGAAAGCUGUGAACUUUAUAAAAACUCGGCCACAGAAGGCAAGGUUUUUUAGACAAAUGUGUGAAGUUAUGGGCUCUGAGCACACAUCUUUGUUGUAUUACUGCAGUUCACAAUGGCUCUCCCGUGGCAAUGUACUUUCUCGUGUUUUUCAAUUACAUCAGGAACUCUACUCAUAUCUUGUAGAAGAAAAACACGAGUGUGCCAAUAACUACUUGGAUACUGUUUUUUUGUCCAAGUUAGCCUACCUGUGUGAUAUAUUUGAUAAACUGAAUGCAUUGAAUCUCUCACUGCAGGGAAACAAUACCCACAUUCUUAAACUCUCAGAGAAGGUAUCUGCAUUCAGGAAAAAAAUGUUUAUAUGGAGAAGAAAAUUAAAUGAAGAGUGUUACAAUGACUGUUUCCCCAUGUUGCAUCAGUUUGUUACAUCAAAUGAUGUUUGUUUGACACAUGAACUUAAAUCAGUUUUUGAGCAGCACCUAACAAACCUCAGUGAUUGGUUUGAAAAAUAUUUUCCAAAAAAUAUGGAAAAGUUUGUCUGGAUCCAGGAUCCAUUCAGUACUAGGGCCCCAACUGAAUUUGCUUCUGUAGAAGAAGAAAAACUCAUUGAGCUCUCCUGUGACAAGACCUUGAAAGUAAAAUUCAGCAGCAUAGGACUUGAAGAGUUUUGGAUAUCCAUUAAAGAUGAAUAUCCGAUACUAAGUGCUAAAGCACAGCAAAUCCUCAUUCCUUUUGCAACAACAUAUUUGUGUGAAGCUGGGUUUUCAGCAGUUGCUGUAAUAAAAAGCAAGUACCGUUCAAAAAUCAAUGUGGAACAGGAAAUAAGGGUGGCAGUGUCCAAGCUGAUCCCAAGAUGUGAUGUUAAGUAUGUGGGUAGAACCACACGAAACUUAAAAGUCAGACUCACAGAACAUCGUAGAAAUAUAAUCAACAAGGUUCAAAAUCAUAGUGUCUCUCAACACUUUUGUGACAAGAAUCAAGGUGAUCCAAGUACCCUUAGAGUCACAGCAUUGGAACAUAUCCCCGUCACAACAUGGGCAGAAAUUGUUUCAACAGAUUGUGCAAACAAGAGAUUUACUGGAUAUUUCAGUUAA